UUUCAAACGUUGACAGUGAAAAUGGCCCGUACCAAGCAGACUGCUCGUAAAUCCACUGGUGGCAAGGCGCCACGCAAACAACUGGCUACCAAGGCCGCACGUAAGAGUGCUCCAGCAACCGGUGGCGUGAAGAAACCUCAUCGUUAUCGCCCUGGCACCGUUGCCCUGCGUGAAAUCCGUCGUUACCAGAAGAGUACCGAGCUGCUGAUCCGCAAACUGCCUUUCCAGCGGUUGGUUCGUGAAAUCGCUCAAGACUUCAAAACCGACUUGCGUUUCCAGAGCUCGGCAGUAAUGGCACUGCAGGAAGCUAGCGAAGCCUAUCUGGUCGGUCUCUUCGAAGAUACCAACUUGUGUGCCAUCCAUGCCAAGCGUGUCACAAUCAUGCCCAAGGACAUCCAACUGGCCAGACGUAUUCGUGGCGAGCGUGCUUAAGUUGACAUUUCUUCGACAAGCGCAUAUAAACUUUAUACAAAUCGGUCCUUUUCAGGACCACAAAUAACUUACAUUG